AAAUUGAUGACGUUUUAGACAUUUUUUAUGACGUUUUCGUCACCGGAAGACAAAAUGUGACAUCAAAAGAUGGACGUGAAGGGAAUAUUAAUUUCAAUACUGUUCAUUUAUAUGUCAUACAGGUUCAUCCUGAAGUUUGGCCAAAAACAGUUCGACGAAGUACUUUUCAUAUUGACGAAAUACCCUCAUGUCGAAUGCCCAAAAGGUUACAUGUUGUAUAAAAUUCAAGAACAGAAUGUGAUUUAUUUCAUUCAAGUACAGAAGGAAUUCUCUGAAAAACCCACACAGACUGGAAAUUUUAGAAGGUGUGAACAAAAAUAUCUGAAAGAAAAUGUUACUUGUGAUGGAAACGUAGACGGAACUGCGCGUUCGUCUUGCAUCGUGUCAUAUCCAGGUGACGGAGAAGUAUUCCAAGAGGCAUGUACGAAGAUUCGGUAUAAAUCAGACGUCAUACAUGAUAUACAGGAUGAAUACGAAUCUGGACCCUCUGUUUUCGGCAGAGUAUUAGGAUACUUUACAGAAGUGGUAUACGGAUCCUCCUCAGAACUGGAUGAUGCACAAGAGAGGGAGGCUGAUUUGAGAGACUACGUCCUGCUUCAGGGGAUCUUUCCGGGGACCCGGUGGUGUGGUUUUGGUAAUAUCGCCGACGAUGUAUACACUAAUGUAGGAGAACACCAACAAACGGACUCAUGUUGUCGUUCACAUGACCUCUGUGAACCUAAAAUCCGAGCUCUACAGAGAAGAUACUAUUACAACAACCAAGGCAUCAUCCCAAUCAGCCACUGCAGCUGUGACGUAGACUUCUACAACUGCCUCAAGGGAAUUAACUCUCCGGUGUCCAACAAGAUCGGCAGAAUUUUCUUUAACGUGGCGAAGAUAAAAUGUUUCGAUUUUGUUGUCAGUGAUGUUUGUACACUGGAGUUGAUGGGCGUGUGUCUGACCCGCGGACAGAAGUGUGCUGCCGUGCUGAAACAAAGUCCGCCAUACUGAGCAACUGUAACCCCUGAACCAGUCUUCUAUUGUUUACUGUAGAACAACCGUAACUACUGAACCAGUCUUCUAUUGUUUACUGUAGAACAACCGUAACUACUGAACCAGUCUUCUAUUGUUUACCGUAGAACAACUGUAACCACUGAACCAGUCUUCUAUUGUUUACCGUAGAACAACUGUAACUACUGAACCAGUCUUCUAUUGUUUACCGUAGAACAACUGUAACUACUGAACCAGUCUUCUAUUGUUUACCGUAGAACAACUGUAACCACUGAACCAGUCUUCUAUUGUUUACCGUAGAACAAUUAUAAUCAGUGAACCAGUCUUCUAUUGUUUACUCUAGAACAAUUAUAAUCAGUGAACCAGUCUUCUAUUGUUUACUGUAGAACAACCGUAACUACUGAACCAGUCUUCUAUUGUUUACCGUAGAACAACUGUAACCACUGAACCAGUCUUUUAUUGUUUACUAUAGAACAACUGUAACCACUGAACCAGUCUUCCAUUGUUUACUAUAGAACAACUGUAACCACUGAACCAGUCUUCUAUUGUUUACUGUAGAACUAUAACCACUGAACCAGUCUUCUAUUGUUUACUGUAGAACUAUAACCACUGAACCAGUCUUCUAUUGUUUACUGUAGAACUGUAACCUCACACUGAACCAGUCUUCUAUUGUUUACUGAAGAACAACUGUAACCACUGAACCAGUCUUCUAUUGUUUACUAUAGAACAACUGUAACCACUGAACCAGUCUUCUAUUGUUUACUGUAGAACAACUGUAACCACUGAACCAGUCUUCUAUUGUUUACUGUAGAACAACUAUAACCACUGAACCAGUCUUCUAUUGUUUACUGUAGAACAACUAUAACCACUGAACCAGUCUUCUAUUGUUUACUGUAGAACAAUUAUAAUCAGUGAACCAGUCUUCUAUUGUUUACUGUAGAACAUCUGUAACCACUGAACCAGUCUUUUAUUAUUUACUGUAGAACUAUAAUCACUGAACCAGUCUUCCAACUACAUGAGAUCAACAUUUGUCGUCACUGCAUGCUGUAGAUCAACAUUUUAUCGAGUACCAUAGAGGAAUACUACCUAUACGAUCAACAUUAUACUUGUUUUGUCCACUUCAGAACAAAAGCAUCUU